UAUCCUCAAAGAAUAGACUAAACAGAGUUUAAAAGCCUCUUGUUAAAAAAUCAAUCUCUAUCAAACUGAUAAGGAUACAAACGUAUUAAUAUAAAAUAAGACAUUAUAGAAAUCUAUUUUUUCUAUUAAGUAAUAUCAAUUUAUCAUAACAUCAACAAUGUUUACCUUACUUUAUCAAAUGUGUGCAAUCGCUUUCACAACAUGCGUUAUAUAUGUGUAUGUAUCUUUAUCUAGAUUUUUAAUUAUUUGUGUAUGAUUAAGUUCGCGAUCGUGAGAUAUAGAAGAGUUGGAUAAUUUUCGUCGUAUGUGCUACAUGUGCUUAGAUAAUUUGUUGAAUAAGUUGAAUAGGUAUAUAUAUUAAUAAAUGAUUAUAUCGUACUACGCAUAUGUAAAUCUUUAUUUAUUCGUAUUAUCUGUCAAUCAAACAGCGAGACAUCAACAUUAUUUGAUCUGACAAGGAAAAUAACAGUUUUAUCUAAAACACUAAAAGUAUCGUUUGUUUUGUUUUACUAAAUAUUUAAUGAUUACGAAUUGAAGACAUAUUUUUAUUAACAAUGAUUAAAGUUCAAGGUUAGGUAGACAGUAAAAAUAUUGAAGAAGAAAGCAGAAAGAAAGCUUUCGAAGAGUUUAAAAAAUAUAUUAUAUAGGUGGGAAAACAAAUUGCUAUUGAUAACCAGAGAACAUAUUAUAAAUCUGUCAUUAUAGGCAAUGAAAAUAUACAAUUGAAUGAUUAUGUACUUGUUGAGCCGAAAAAUCCGGUGAUUCCGCUUCAUGUUGCUAAAAUAAUUUACAUGUAGAAAAAUAGAAAUGAUAUAUAGCAGCUCAUCAAGGUAAUUUGUUUCCACUAAUUGACAGAAAUAUACGAAAUAAUAAAUAAGGUUAAAUUAUCUAUCACAUUUAAAGAAAUGCAUCUUAGCAAAUACGGUCCAUUUAAUUCAAGUUUUAAUUCAUCAUUUUGCAUCAAUUUUAAAUAAAAUAAAAUUUUGAUAUGCAAUAUGUACUUAUGACUUUUGUAAAAUCAUAAUCUUUACUUUCACUUUUUGAUGUUAUGUAUAUGAUGAAUACUAUACGUAUUCCUAACUACGGAACUACGGAUGUAACAGGUGUUGCGUGUACUGUAUACAAUACAUUAUACAUACACAUUAAAGAUUUUACUUAAAUUUUAGUAACAAAACAAUAAUACGAUAAUAAAAAGAUGGAAUUUUCACAAUUGGAAUCCAUAUUUAAUGAAAACUAUAAUAAAAAAUAUAGCAAUUACAUACAAUAUGGUACUGCCGGUUUUCGAACAACUGCUCAUCUUCUAGAACAUGUUCUCUAUAGGAUGGGAAUUUUAGCUGUUUUAAGAUCUAAAAUGAAGAAUGCUGCAAUUGGUUUAAUGAUUACUGCAAGCCAUAACAUUGGAUCAGAUAAUGGUGUAAAACUUGUAGAUCCAGCUGGUGAAAUGUUAGAAGCUUCUUGGGAACUUAUUGCUACUAAUUUAGCUAAUGUAGAAGAUUCAAAGCUUGUUUCUAAUGUGGAACAAAUUAUAAGAGAGCAAAAUAUUAAUAUGUCUGCAACAGCAACAGUAAUAGUUGGUAGAGAUACCAGGGAAAGUGGUCCAGUGUUAUUCAAUGCUGCUAUUGCAGGAAUUCAAGCCUUAAAUGGAACAAUAAAAGACUUUGGAGUAAUUACAACUCCUCAAUUACAUUACCUUGUUGUUUGCACAAAUAACAAUAAGUAUGGCAAUGCUACAUUACAUGGCUAUUAUGAAAAAAUAUCAAAAUCAUUUAAGCAUAUUAGACAAGAUAAAAUGAAUAAUGGUCACUAUGUAGCAGAAUUAUCGUUAGAUGCUGCUAAUGGCGUUGGUGCAAUGGCUGGAAAAAAGUUUCAAGAAUAUUUAGGAACAUCACUAAUAAUUAAUUUAUAUAAUGAUGGAAAUGGAGAAUUGAACCAUAUGUGUGGAGCUGAUUAUAUUAAAGUGAAACAAGUACCACCUACAAAUUUUAGUGUCGAAACUAAUGUUAGAUGUGUGUCUAUAGACGGUGAUGCAGAUAGAGUAAUAUAUUUUUAUGUCGACGAAAACAAUAAAUUCCAUCUUUUAGAUGGUGACAGAAUAGCCACACUUAUUGCUGGAUAUUUCAAAGAACUCUUACAAGAGUUAAACUCUUUCAUAGAUCUUUUUCAUUUGGGAUUGGUACAGACAGCUUAUGCUAAUGGUGGUUCUACCAAUUACAUUUCAAAUAUACUGCAAAUUCCAGUAGUAUGUGCACCAACUGGUGUGAAACAUCUUCACAACGAAGCCUUAAAAUUUGAAAUAGGUGUAUAUUUUGAAGCUAAUGGACAUGGAACUGUUUUGUUUAAGGACAUUGUCAUUGAAACUCUUAAAAAUGCUACUACAAAUCCUAACCUAACUGCUUCACAAACAGCAGCUGCUUCUACAUUAUUAAAUAUAAUUGAUGUAAUAAAUCAAUCAGUUGGUGAUGCCUUUAGUGAUAUGUUAUUAGUGGAAACAAUUUUGCAUGCGAAAGGUUGGAGUAUAAUAGAUUGGGAAAAAAGUUAUAAAGAUUUACCAAACAAACAAUUAUUGAUAAAAGUCAAUGACAAAAAUGUUAUAACUACAACUGAUGCUGAAAGGCGAUGUGUAUCACCUAAAGGAUUACAAGAUGAAAUUGAUCGUGUAGUAUUGCAGUAUAGCAAAGGUCGAUCCUUUGUAAGACCAUCAGGAACUGAAAAUGUGGUGCGAGUAUAUGCAGAAUGUGAAGAUCCAAAUGAUCUUAAUAAAUUUAUUACAGCUGUAGCAUUAUUGGUGCACAGACAUGCAGGCGGAGUUGGACCGGAACCUCAGCUUUCGUAACAAACAUUUCUAUGUUUUCUAAAUUUAUACUAAAACUUAAACAUUAUGUUUCUAAAAGAAUGCAGAUUAUCUUCAAAUAAGAUAAUUGUAAUACGUGCAAUUAUAAUUUUAGAUUUAUAUACAAAUUAA